AUGGCCUGCCUCCCCCGCGACGCGUCGUCCCCCUCCCCCUCCCCGAGCACCACUGCCUUGUCCCCUACGACCCGCCGUGAGGACCCCUCCUUUCCCCCUUUCCCUCUAUCGCCGGCGCCGUUCGCGACGCCCCGGCCUCCUCUACCGUGCGCACGCACGCGCCACACCCGUCGCGGCCCUCUGCUCGUUGCGCCACUCGAAGCCGCGCCUCGCCCUUCCCCAAUCUCCGUCGCGCUCCAGCGCCUGCUCGUGGCCGCGCUCACCACUGCAUCCGCCACGCUCCCGCGCACUCCCCGCCGCGUCGAGCCCGCGCAUGCCCUGCUCGCUCCUUUGCCGGCUGCUGCUGCUCGCGCCGACCCCGCCACCGCGCGCUCACCGCAGCGCCCUGCAGCUCCUCCGCCGCCCGGCGCCCGCUGCUGCGGCCUCGCUGGCCCGCACGCUCGCAGCCGCCUCCGCUCGUGCUCGCCGCUCGCCAUUGCCGCUCGGCCCUGCCGUCCCUUGCCGCGGCCUCGCCCGCGUCUAACCACGCCCAGGCUCGCCGGCGCGUCCGCGCCCAACACGCCCACGGGCACGCACCCAUUCGGGUAG